CAAUCAUUUAUAUACAUUCAAGCCGAUAUAACAAUCCCUCCCUCUUCCUCCAUUCCCCUCGCCACCAUCCCCACCGUCACCCACACUCUAAAUCCACAAUGUCAACCGAACUUGCAAACGCCGCCGUACCCGCUCCGUCGUCUAACCCUAACGGCGACGUAACUGACAACACCAAUACGAAUCAGAUGCAGAAGAAAUCACGAGAAACCGAACGCCGUCGCAGACGCCGUAAACAGAAGAAGAACAAGUCCGCCGGAGCUGAAGAUAACGCCGUUACUUCCGCUGAUGGUGACGGUACAGUUACCGGUGAUGACAACGCUAAAGAGAACGCAGAUCCUCAGAAGAUUAUUGAGCAAGUGGAAAUUGAAUAUAUACCAGAAAAAGCAGAACUUGAUGGAUUUUUAGAUGAUGAGUUCCGAAAGGUCUUCGAGAAAUUCACUUUCAAGGAAACUGCUUCCACUGAGGAAAAUGAUAAAAGUGAAGAGACUGAUGCCAAUGCAGCGUUAAACAAGAAAGCUAGUUCAGAUUCUGAAGAAGAAGAAGAGCAAGAUGGCCAGCAAAAGGAUAAAGGUGGCAUUUCUAAUAAAAAGAAAAAGCUUCAACGCCGAAUGAAGAUUGCGGAGCUGAAGCAGAUAAGUACAAGACCAGAUGUAGUUGAGGUGUGGGAUGCCACCUCAGCUGACCCUAAAUUGCUGGUUUUCCUCAAAUCAUAUCGCAAUACUGUUCCUGUUCCAAGACAUUGGUGUCAGAAAAGGAAGUUUUUACAGGGGAAGCGGGGUAUCGAGAAACAGCCAUUUCAACUUCCUGACUUCAUUGCUGCCACUGGGAUUCAAAAAAUCAGACAAGCCUACAUUGAAAAGGAAGACAAUAAGAAGCUUAAACAGAAGCAGCGUGAACGAAUGCAACCGAAAAUGGGAAAGAUGGAUAUUGAUUAUCAGGUACUUCAUGAUGCAUUUUUCAAAUAUCAGACGAAGCCAAAGCUGACAUCACACGGUGAUUUGUAUCAUGAAGGAAAAGAGUUUGAGGUAAAGCUUAGAGAGAUGAAGCCUGGAACCUUGUCACGAGAACUUAAAGAAGCUCUAGGCAUGCCAGAAGGAGCUCCUCCCCCAUGGCUUAUUAACAUGCAGAGAUAUGGUCCUCCGCCUUCUUAUCCUCAUUUAAAAAUUCCCGGUCUGAAUGCUCCUAUUCCACCUGGGGCCAGCUUUGGUUAUCAUCCUGGUGGUUGGGGCAAGCCGCCUGUUGAUGAGUUUGGGCGCCCCGUGUAUGGUGACGUUUUUGGACAACAAGAAGAAUUACCCAACUAUGAGGAAGAGCCUGUUGAUAAGAGCAAGCACUGGGGUGAUUUAGAGGAAGAAGAGGAGGAGGAGGACGAGGAAGAAGAGGAGGAAGUGGAAGAGCAGUUUGAAGAAGAUGAGUUGGAGGAUGGCAUUCAAUCAGUUGACAGUUUAUCAAGUACCCCCACUGGUGUUGAGACUCCAGAUGUUAUCGACCUUCGUAAGCAGCAAAGGAAGGAUCCCGAGAAACCUCUUUACCAGGUACUGGAAGAAAAAGAAGAGAAGAUAGCUCCUGGAACUUUGCUUGGAACAACGCAUACCUAUGUGAUUGGUGGUGCCCCACAAGACAAGGCAUCCAGUAAAAGGGUUGAUUUGCUGAGAGGUCAGAAAACGGAUAGGGUUGAUGUGUCACUACAACCCGAAGAAUUAGAGCUCAUGGACAAUGUCUUGCCGGCCAAAUAUAUGGAAGCUCGAGAAGAAGAAAAGCUUCGUAGUCAAAAGGAGGACUUCAGUGACAUGGUUGCAGAGAACGAGAAGAAGAGGAAGCGAAAGAUGCAGGAAAAGGACAGCAAGUCGAAGAAGAAGGAUUUCAAAUUCUAGAACACUAUUGGUUCGAUUUUCGAGGGGGGCUUGGUAGAAGAAAUUCAAACGUUAAUCUCAGAUACCAACUCUUUUGCGGGUCAAUGUGGUCAAAGUUGUAUUCUUAGUUAACUUGCAUACAAAGCUUUCGAAACGCUGGUUGUCAUGGUUACUUUUAGUGAGGUAUUUGGUUGCUUCUGAAAUAUAACCAUUCAACAUAUUAACUAGUGUUUUAUUUGUCUAAUUUGAAAAUUGUAUGGAUCCUUUUUGAUGUAUAAUCGCUCUAGCUUCGUGCGACUCAAUUUUUACUAA